ACUGCUGGGAGGAGGAGGAGGUAGAGGAGGAGGAGGUAGACACAGACUGAGACCGGGAGCGCUCACCAACACAACGGGGAGCGCUGUUUUCGGGGAUAGAAGGGGCCUUGUUCGGCCCGCAGCAUCUCCCGGCGUUCCUCGGUUCGGUGUAGCGGUUCGGGCCGGCGUUGGGUCGCCGUCGCCGGUCAGAACGUUAUUUAUAACCGCCGUGGAUGGGACGGACACCCCGGCAAGACAAUCCCGGAAAUAACAUGCGUACUCUCAGCCUGUCACGUACGCUCUCUGAGAAUUUGCAUGGCUGUACGGCUGUCGUAGAUAACCCACGCCGCGCGACAAUGCUCAUGAAAGCCCCGGCUGGAGCAGCCACGCCGCUUUAGACCGAGAGUAACGGCUGGAGUGAAAGAGGGAGGACUGGGACAUGAAACUUCUCGCGGCACAGACAAGAAAAUGAAGCGAGGACGUGUGGCACGUGCGCACCCAGCAGACGACGGGAUGAAAUGGAGAGUUUGGGACGGACGGACCUUCUGAAGCCAAGUUCAGCUCGCGGACCCGUCACUUUCCCAGAUUCACGAGCAAGCGGGCAGCAGCUCGCGGAGAUUCGACACGCGUACCGGGCGGACAUGGGUCUGAACGGGCUGUGCGCGGUGCCGGUCGGUAGUCCGUCUGCCGCGGAGCUGCUGGCCGGGCUGGCCUCUCAGUCCAGCUCCCCGAGGCAACCCAAGAGCGGCGUCCUUCUCUGCGACGGAAACCAGGCGGGCGGCGUGGCCCCCACGCCACAUGGCUACACCGCCCAUGUGAACGGGCAGACUGUUAGCUCCAUGCUCCCGCUGACCAGCAGAGCCCGUUUGGUGGAGAACGGCGACAGGACUCCCCAUGAGAACUACCCUUUAGUAAUGAGGUUUAAUGGCGACCUGAAACCUAAACAAGCCCAGAAAAGGAAAAGUGAGGAGAACCAGAACCUUGGGUCAGAAUUCCUUAAUGGUCACAUGAUGGUCUCACCUGAAUUAAUGGGCUCCAAAGAGCCACCUGGUUCUGAAUUUAAAAGGAGAAAACUUGUAGAUCCUAACAGUUCAUCAGAUGUGUCCAGAGUGGCCCGAGCUAUUGCCCCUCUGGCAGCUGUCAAUUGCAGCAACGGUUCCCAUGGCAACUCAGACUUUGUCCCUGCAGGCCCUCUCACUAACCAGCACAAUGGACAUUAUGUAGCUCCUACAAACCCACCAGCUGCACCCAGUCUGACCUCCCCCUGCAGGAAAAAAGCCCCCCCAGCCAGGGCGCUCCCCGAAGGUAGUGGCUGGUCAGCAGAGCGAUUAGCCCAGCAGUAUAUCAUCCCUUGCAUGAAGUAUUAUGGGAUUUGCGUCAAAGAUGAGUUCCUGGGCUCGCAGUUGGGCAGCAAUGUCUUAGAAGAAGUGGAGGUUCUGAACCGCAGCGGGAAAUUUCGGGGUGGGCAGCUGGUGAGCCAAAAGAACAUUCCCUCUCGGAACAUCCGGGGCGAUCAGAUAGCGUGGGUGGAGGGGCAGGAGCCCGGAUGCAAGAACAUCGGGACGCUGAUGGCACGAAUUGAUGAGGCUGUGAUGUACAGCGCCGCCAACGGACAGCUGGGAAACUGUGUCAUAAACGGACGCACUAAGGCCAUGGUCGCUUGUUAUCCAGGUCACGGGGCAGGCUACGUCCGCCAUGUUGACAAUCCAAACGGCGAUGGUCGCUGCAUCACGUGCAUCUACUAUCUCAACAAGAACUGGGAUGUUAAGAAACAAGGAGGCCUGCUGCAGAUCUACCCUGAAAGCAAAAAUGUGGUCGCCAACAUCGAGCCUCUGUUUGACCGGCUGCUCAUUUUCUGGUCCGACCGCAGAAACCCACAUGAAGUCAAACCAGCCUACGCCACUCGCUAUGCUAUCACAGUCUGGUACUUUGAUGCUAAAGAGAGGUCAGAGGCUAAAGAGAAGUACAGAUUGGCCACCGGACAGAAAGGUGUUCAAGUGCCUGUGACCCAGAGCAGCAGGGCGUAAAGCUCCCCAAAGCAACUGCGGAGUGCUCUGAAAGUAUUAUGUGCCUUCUCGACCUACCGCUGGACAUACAGAUUUCAAAGCGGUUUAACCGUCAGCCACGGGGCCCGGCUGUGCUGAGGGUCAGCUGAUCGAUUCCCGCCACGAGCGGCGAUUAAACAGCGAACGAGCUGCCGAUCAGAGACGCAGCGGAGAUUUUGAGCGCAGCAAGCUAGCCUGAUUGGCUAAAGCGCGAUCAGGAUCAGGAGAAGAAGACUCAAAAACGUUGCAGUUUUGCCUGCUCACUUCUUAGUUGUGAUGUGAUGUUUUGAGAUAUCAAUGUUUUUAUUCUGCUUUGCAGUCAUGUUUUUUUUCUUUUGUUUUUUUUAACACAAGGAGUGUGAAUGACUGGGGGAAGGGAAUUGCAUUGAAAUCUGUAUUUCUGCUCUGCCUCACAGUGUGGGCCAGAGUGAUCAAGGAAGGAGAAGAAACGGGUGUUGACAGAUGAGGGCAGAGGAGAGCUGCCCUGUUGCACUUAUAUUUUCAGUCAAAGCUCCAGUACUCCUCACCUGGUUUGAUUGGCACACGGGGAGAGCUGUACACUAAGCUAAGCUCACCAAGUCGCUCUUGGCUCUGGGGUAGAAUAUCAAAAAAUGCGUUGAGAGUGAAUGUUUUUCUUCGGAAGAGUGUACCACUGAUCGUUUAAUUAUUUUUUUCCCAAACUUGAUGCACUCUGCUCACUGUGUGACUGAAUGACCCUCCCACACUUGAGACGAGAAGUCAAGACAGGGUUUGUAGAAGUGAGUUUGCGUGACUGUAUUAUCAACCAGCACAAAAAGGAGAAGACGACUCCACCAAACCGAACUCAACACAACUUCAGUCUGCCUUUUGUAUUUCAGACCAUACAGUUCAAAGCACAAAUCUACACUGUGUGUUCCCUGCUGGGCGUCACUUGUCAUGUUGCGUGUCGAGCUCCAUUGUCUUGAAGAGGGUCUCUCAUGGUAGAAGAAGGUUGUUAUUAAAAAAGCACUUUAUUGUUUGAAAUGCCAUGUCUGAAUGAUGGAUUCGAUGUAACUAAUGAUGUAGAUUAAUGCCUUCUUUUUCUCUUUUUUUGCUGUGAAUAACCUUUUAUUCAAAUGCAAUAUAAACUAAAACAAUUGGAACAAAUUGAAA